AUGGGGUGGGGGAGGAACAAGAAGAAGAAGACAACGCCCAUCACAGCAGGCGCUGGCGAUGGUGCUGGUGGCGACGGGGCAAGUGGCGAUGGACAGGUGGCGCAGGCGGCAGCAGCCUCGUUUCACCGUGCGUUCGCUGACCUUGACGGUGACGACAUGGACAGCAGUUCCGCUGCUCCGUUUGAUUCCAGCGACAUGGGCAGCAGCAGCAGCGAUGACGAGGGCGACGGCAGCAACAAGAAGAAGAAGAAGAAGAAGAAGAAGAAGAAAAAGGACAAGAAGAAGCAGCAGCGUAAGAAGGGCAAGGGCGUGAAGAACAAGAAGAAGAAAGGAAAGCACCUCACACGACAAGUCAGCGUUGUCGCCACCACACUUUCAAGCAACCCUGCAUUCCAGGACGGGAAAGACAACAAGAAAAACAACCGAAGGUCCACAGCCAGCACCGUCACGCCCAGCAUGUCAGACGAUCCAAAGGACUUUCAGUUCCAAGUUGGCGUCAAUGCCAAGUGGCGUGCGUCUGAGCUUGCAGAUUCUGGGCAGUGGCAAAACGCUCGCGACAUGUACCUUGUCGCUGUUGAAAAGUUUUCGUCGUGGUUGCAGCUGCACGGGAGCCCGCGCGACAGCAAACAGAAGCGCAUGGCCAUGCAGUACAAGGACGAGUGCGAGAUGCUGGCCGACGAGCUGAGUCGCGCAUAUGGACUGCCACCUUCGGCGGUCGUUCGCGGCGCUGCCCAAUUCUUCGUCAAGUACUAUGGCGUGAUUGAGGACCUGACAGACUGGUCGUGCCUCUCGUCACGCUCGGAGGUGCUGGACGUCAUUGACAGCGCCAAGUACGACGGCCUGCUGCCCUGGCGGCUGCCCAACACAGACAUCUCCAUCCUCACCGUCUCCGUGUAUGGGCUGAAGAUCACGGACCAGAUGAUGUCUGAGCCACCGCUGAUGCGAGAGCCCCUGUACGCCGUGGCCAGCUACAACUGCGUGCAGGAGGCGGAGGGGCAUUUCGCCCUGCUGAUCAAGACAGGUGACCCGGACACGGGCGAGUUCUUUGCGCACGUGCUUGAGAUUGGCGACGAGCGACGCGCCACAGAGGUGUGCUCGCUGAUCGAGCGCAUGAUCGCCGAGGCAUUCAAGCAGGCCCACCCCUUUGAGGAGGCGCACCCCGUCGACGACCUGCCGCCAGCGCCCCCGCUGCCGCCGCGCAUGUACGCGUCAGAUGACGUGGGCGGGUUCAGGAGCGACGACGACACGGGCGACUUCUUGCACACGGCAGGCCGCGGGUCAAGCAUUGGCGGGGUCACCAGCGGAGGCAGCACACGCCGGUCGAAGCGGCUGGUGCGCGGCAGCAAGCGAGAGAAGUCCAAGGCAGCGUUGCUCGAGGAGACGGCGGCGUUCAAGCCCGUGCAGGCGUCGCAGGGCGCUGUUGGCGACAUGGGCACGGUGAUCGACUUCAUGCAGCUGCUGCAGUCGGAACUUGACGAUGACGAGCUGUCUGAGUUUGCUGCCCUCAUGCGCUCGUACCGUGCACUGCAGGGCGGCAUUGGCAUCAUGCCGUUUUGCAACAAGUUCUAUCGCCUGUGCGGACAGGACAGGCAGGACCUGUUCAAGGCCAUCCGCCCCUUCAUCAACAACGACCACCUGCCCAAGUUUGACGAGUUUGUGACGCUGCUGUUCCGCGGGCGCGAGUCGCCGCAGCCAACACCGACCGACACGGGGGCACGCCGCGUGUCUGCGCGCGGCUCCGGUGGCGCCGGUGCCCGCAGCAGAGGUAGCCGGGACGAGAGCAAGGGUGGUAGCAGCACGGCAAUACACGAGGUUGAGCCUGGGGCGGACGAUGUGGACACGGCAGAUGUAGCCUCCAUCGCCGUGGCGUCGAGGAAGGCAUCACGCGAUAUUGCCGUCAGCACUCGCACCUCCCUCUCACAGGGCACCGCCGCAGCCGCUGUUCAGCCGUCCAGCAAUGAUGACACGAGCCCUAAUGGCGAUGCGCAAGCAACUGGCAGUGCAUCCACAACAGCGCCACCUCCUCCACCUCCGCCACCGCCACCACCACCACCACCACCGCCACCACCGCCUGGCGGGUUGAUUGCGGGGCCGUCGGCAACAGGGGCAGCAGCAGGCGGUGUGGAGAGGGGCAAGAGCGAGGAUGAAGAGGAGGAGAAGGAGAAGGAGAAGGAGGAAGACGAGAAGAGUGGGGAGGAGCAAGCGGAGGGUGAGGAAGCGGAAAUCGAGGAAGAUGAGGAGAAGGAAGGGUCUGCAGCAACAGGCGCCGCGGUGCUUGCAGGCAAAGAGACAGCGCCAUCUGCUGCUGCUGCACGUGAGCGCGUUCGGGCCGAGGCUGGACCUGACGUUGAUGACGACGACGACGACGACGACGAUGGUUUGGACCCAACCCUGAAGGCGUGGUUCAAGCGCAAGAAACGCCUCGAAUCGUCCUCAGCGGGUGCAGAUAAAGGCAACGAUGACAGCAGCGACACCGCUGCUGUGCUGCCGCCGUGGGCUGCAGACGUGAGGCGACCGCUUGCUAAUGUUGCUCGCGGCACGACGACAGGCACCACCAUCCUCCCACCAGAACCGGUGCCAGUGCCGCAGCUGCGCCCGGCUACAACAGCAGCAGCCGCACAAUACCAGCAGCCGCAACAACAACAGCAACAGGCAGCGUCAGCGUGGGGAGUUUCACAGCAACAGCAACAGCACCAGCAGCAGCAACAAGUGUUUGAGCAACAGCAGCAGCAGCAACAGCAGCAAUCGCAGCAAGAAUUGUUGCAGAAGCGAAGUCAGCUGGACAACAUCUUGAACAAACGGACGCCUGGUGCAGUGCCACCGCCACCACCUCCCACACAACAGCAGCAAGCAGCCACAUACGCCCAGCCAUACCAACCGCAGUCGCAGGCAUACCCGCCAACACAGCCAGUCUAUCAGCCACCGCAACAACAACAGCAGCAGCAGGCUGGCUACCAGCAGGCAUCGUACUCACAACAGCAGCAGCCCGCAUUCGCCGCGGCGACAGCAGCGGCACCGGUGUAUGGGUCAUCUUUGCAGGCAACACAGCCGUUUGCUGUGCAGGAGGCUGAAGGCACGCGGCCGCCGUGGCUACGGGAGGUGGAGGCGAACAAACAGCGACGACUCGAUGCUUUACUCGGCAGCAGAAACCAACAGCAGCAACAACCGCAACAGCAACAGCAACACCAGCAACAAUACCUGCAACAACAGCAGCAACAGCAACGUGUACAGAGCCGCCCACCACCGACCGCCGUCAUGCCAUCAACCACCUCGGCAGCGCCGCCGCCACCACCACCAGCGUCAUCGGCAGGGUUGGCCUCGUCGUCUGCGACCGCCGCUUCGCUUUCGAGCCCGUGGGCACUGCAGCGCAUGAACCGGGAGCCAGCGCCGCCAAAGUUGACACAGCAACAGGCGCAACAGCAGCAACAGCAGCAACAGCAGCAGGCGCAGGCGUACAAGCCGCCGCCACUGCAGGGCGAGCGGUCGCCCAAUUGGAUCAAGCUGGCGAAGGAGCGGCGGCAGCAGCGGUUGACUGAGCCCGACCGCCAGCGCGAGGCCGAGGAGGAGGCGGAGCAGCAGCGCUGGCAGGGCGUGCCCACGUGGAAACGCAAAGUGCUCGAGCGGAAGGAGGCAGAGGCCAUGCUGCCAGCGCUGAAGCAGCAGGCCAUCGACAACUACUGGCGGCAGCGGGAACAGGAGCUGUCCCAUCUGCCAAACUUCAAGCGGGAGGUGAUGAUCAAGAAGGAGAAGGAGGAAGUCAAGCACGGCUUCAGGCGAUUGCCACCCGAAAUCUUCAAGAGCAUCCAGGUGCCGGGCAAGAGUGCGCCAAGUGGCCCGCCACCGCGCCUGCCGCAACAGCAGCAGCCACGACCACCAAUGCCAGCACAACAGCAGCAGUCGUCAUCAUCGUCGAGCACGACGGGGAGUGGCGUCUUCCUCCCACCGCCACCCCCAAUUUGA